UUUAAUGGGGGGUCUCUCUGCCCAGGAGUCAGAUCUGUCGCCACGACCAGCAGGAAAAUGGCAGAGGAUCUGGAGCUGGGCUUUGAGGAAACAGCCAGUGUGGAAAUGCUGCCCGAGGAGAACAGCUGCAGACCCAAGGCCAGAGCCAGGCUAGCAGCCAGCAGCAGCAGCACCCGCUGUGCUCUCACCUGUUGUCUGGUGUCGCUUCCCAUCCUGGCAGGACUCACCACGUACCUGCUCGUUGGUCAGCUCAGAGCCCAAGGAGAAGCCUGCGUGUUCCAGACUCCAAAAGGACAGGAAUUAGGACCUUCACAUCAGCGAGUUUAUGUACCUCCUGGAGCUGGUGGAGAUAAGCCAAGAGCACACCUGACAGUUGUGAGACAAACGCCCUCAAAACCCUUAAAAAGUCAGUUCUCGGCUCUGGAUUGGGAACACGAACUUGGCUUGGCCUUCACCAAGAACCGGAUGAACUACACCAAUAAAUUCCUGGUGAUCCCAGAGUCAGGAGACUACUUUGUUUACUCCCAGAUCACAUUUCGAGGUACCACAUCCAAGUGUGGUGAAAUCAGCCAAGGGAGCCGACUGAACAAGCCAGAUGCCAUAGUUGUGGUCAUCACCAAGGUAACAGACAGCUACCCGGAGCCUACCCAGCUCCUCAUGGGGACCAAGACAGUGUGUGAAAUCGGCAGCAACUGGUUCCAACCCAUUUAUUUAGGGGCAGUGUUCUCCUUGCAAGAGGGGGACAAGCUGACAGUGAACGUCAGUGACAUCUCUUUGGUGGAUUACACAAAAGAAGAUAAAACCUUCUUUGGAGCCUUCUUGCUAUAGGGGCAAGGAAGGCAUCAUUGUGUAAAACAGGUCCUCUCCUCCUAAUUCCUAAUUUUCUUCAUUGAUAUGUACUUAUAGCCUGGGGUUUUCUUGGAGCAUUCCAUAGAGACUGUAGUUUAGCUAUGCAACUUAG